AGCUGGGGAUAGUUGCUUGUAUUUUGCUGCCUCUGUUAUUCCAUGUCCUUAUUCUGAGUGUUGAAGUUGAUGGACUGGUGGGUUAUCUGUAACUGCUACUUGUUUUUUAACUGAUAUUCUCAAAGCUGUGAGAAAUGUUUGUAAAAUAACUGCAUUUGUUUCUAGAGAACGCAGCUCCUUGGUGAUUGCGUCUCUGGCUGUGAGCUGUUUUCAUGACCUCCUGGAAUUAUUCAGCUGCCUGCUGCAAGCCAACAACUGAGAAGCUCAAAACUGCGCUCCUGUAUAACAUCUUGAUGCUGUUGUUGCUAAUGGAGAGAAAUAGGACUUGGUAGUUCACUUGGAGGCAAAUUAUUUGGAAGAAAUAACUUAAUUGGGAUCCAGCUCGUUUUUACCAUGGACUCCUCGCCUGUCCAGCAGGAUGUUCUGCUGGAGAACCGAAGCAGCAGUGAGGCCCCUAGCAAGUCUGAAGAACUUCUGGAUCGUAAAGCUGAAUCAGAUUUGCCAGUUACAAGAGAUGAAAUUAACACUGCCAGUAUUAAUGUCAACAAAGUGCCAAAUGAAGAGGGAAGUCUGGAGAUAAACAGCAAAGGUGAAGUCUGCCAGAAUGGGCCAGAGUCACUCUUCCCCGACUCUCCUUUAUCUUUUGAUGCCACCAGCAGUCUGCAGGGUCAAGAGCCAUCCCCAGGUGUGGCUGCUUUCCAUGGCAACCUAAGGAAGUCUCAGGGAACUAGUGCUGAGGGCAUAGUUCUUAGAAAAGAAGCUUUGCAGUCUCUCAAACUAAGUCUUCCCAUGCAAGAAACUGAAUUGUGCUCAGUAGAGUCUUCGCUUCCUUUGGAGAAAGAAGAACAAAUAAGACUUCAAGCAAGAAGACGGCUAGAAGAACAGCUCAAACAAUACAGGGUGAAGAGACACCAAGAAAGAUCUAGUCAGUCUACAUCCAAAAACCGGCCUUCCAGCACGUUGGAUCCUGAGCUGAUGUUAAAUCCAGAAAUCUUGCCAAGAGCUAGCACUGUAGCGAUGACAAAAGAAUACUCCUUUUUGCGGACCAGCGUCCCCAGGGGGCCAAAACUGGGUAGCUUGGGACUUCCAGCAUCCUCAAAAGAGAGAAGAAGUUCAAAAUCCAAGUCCAGUAAGAUCCGGUCCUUGGCUGAUUAUAGAACUGAAGAUUCAGACUCUAGAAACGCUACGAGGAAUUCGAUGGCGUCUGAUUCAUCUGGUGGGACUCUGAAACAAAGCAGAAGUGGUCCAACCUCAGUUGUUUCUGAGAUUAGUCAGCUGUCUGACAUAGACGAUCGAAUAGAGAAUUCCUCUUUAGCAGGAGAUAGUAUUUCAGAGAUCGAUGGGAGUGAAGCGGGAAUGAGGCUGGAUGGAAACGAGAGCGACAGCUCUACCUACAGCAGUGUGUCAGGAAAAGGCCUGUACAGCAGUUUACAGAAUGCAGAAGACAAACAGGGUAUUCCGUAUACAAUAAAUGGUCAGAAGAUACAUCCUGAUGCAAUGGGGCAAUUUCCUUCCAUCAGUGAGGUGCUACAGGCUGCAGCAGUGGAGCAUCAAGCCCAAGAGCAAGAAGUUAAUGGGGAAGUACGGAGUAGGAGAGACAGUAUUUCUAGCAGUGUAUCUAUGGAAAGCUCUGUCGCAGGAACUCACGACGAAAUGUUGCAGGUCCUAAAGGAGAAGAUGAGACUUGAAGGGCAACUAGAAGCACUUUCACUAGAAGCUAAUCAGGCUCUCAAAGAGAAGACUGAGCUACAAGCGCAGCUUGCAGCUCUGAACAUGAAGCUUCAGGCGCAGAUGGAGCACAGCCAAAACAGCCAACAGAAGCAGGAAUCUCUGAGCUCAGAAGUGGCCACGUUAAAGCAGUCUUGCUGGGAUCUGGAACGAGCUAUGGCUGACCUGCAAAACGCCUUGGAAGCAAAGAAUGCUAGUUUGGCUUCUUCAAAUAAUGAUUUGCAGUUGGCAGAGGAGCAGUACCAAAGACUCAUGCUGAAGGUUGAAGAUAUGCAAAAAAAUGUUCUCACCAGAGAUAGCACAGUUCAUGAUUUGCGACAGCAGUUGGCUUCCUUACAGAACCAACUUCAGAAGGUGCAGUUAGAACGGACUACGCUGACCAAUAAGCUAAAAGCAUCUGAAUCAGAAAUCUCAUCGCUCCAAAACGUGCGGCAAUGGUACCAGCAGCAGCUGAUACUAGCACAGGAGGCCCGUGUCAGGCUGCAGAGUGAGAUGGCCAAUAUACAGGCUGGGCAAAUGACCCAAGCAGGUAUGUUGGAACACCUCAAGCUAGAGAACGUAGCAUUGUCUCAGCAGCUGACCGAGACCCAGCACAGAUCUAUUAAAGAAAAAGAACGUAUUGCAGCACAGCUGCAAAACAUUGAGGCUGACAUGUUAGAUCAGGAAGCUGCAUUCAUGCAGAUCCAGGAGGCUAAAACCAUGGUGGAAGAAGACUUGCAGAGAAAACUAGAGGAAUUCGAGGAUGAGAAAGAACAGCUUCAGAAAAUGGCUGAUAAUGCAGCAACACUGGAGCAAGAAUUGGAUCAGAUCAAGGUGACCUUGCAUCAGCGAGAUUUGCAGCUUGAGUCUUUACAGCAAGAACAUCUAGAUCUAAUGAAGCAAUUCACCCUAGCCCAAGAGACAUUGCACGCCAAAGAGCAGUCGCUGGAUGACCUGCAGACGCGGUAUGAUGAACUGAAGGCCAGAUUAGAAGAGCUCCAAAGAGAUGCUACUUCUAAAGAUGACAUGAUCCAGUAUUUACAGAAUGAGAAGAUUGUCUUGGAAGUAGCUCUGCAGACAGCAAAAGCAAGCAAAGAGCAACUUGAUGAAGGAGCAAAAUGCCUUGGAGAAAAUACAGAAGUAGCAUCAAAAACCUUAGAGCAACUGAGGCAAGAAAUAGCAGUCAAGUCAGGCCAGGUAGAAAAUCUGCAACAAGAGAAUACCAGUCUUAAAAAACAGGUUCAAAAAGUGAAGGAACAGUUCCUACAGCAGAAGGUAAUGGUGGAAGCUUAUCGAAGAGAUGCAAGUUCUAAGGACCAGCUGAUAAGCGAACUGAAAGCUACGAAGAAGCGGCUGGACUCGGAGAUGAAAGACUUGAAACGAGAACUACUAAAACUUCAAGUUGAUAAACAGUCGCUGGAAUCCGAACAUUCAAAACUGCAGAAGGAAGUAUCUCAGGUUCACCAGCAAAUGUUGGAAAUUGAGAAUCAUCUUCAGUCGGUGCAGAAGGAACGAGACGAUAUGGAAAAAAGCCUACAGUCCUUGCAGUUUGAUAAGGAACAAAUGACAUCUCUUGCUGAGGCAAAUCAGGCAUUAAAACUACAAGUAGAACAAAUGCAAGAAGAAGCCAAAAAGGCCAUUACUGAGCAGAAACAGAAAAUGAAGCGUCUGGGGUCAGAUCUGACAAGCGCUCAGAAAGAGAUGAAGGCAAAACAUAAAGCCUAUGAGAAUGCAGUUGGGAUUCUUAGUCGUCGGCUACAGGAAUCCCUCACUGCCAAGGAAUCUGCUGAAGCAGAGUUGAGCAAACUAAAAGCACAAAUCACUGAUGGUGGAAACAACCAGAUUGCCCAAGAAAAGAUUCAAGCUCUGGAGACAGAAUUACAAGCUGUUAGCAGCAGUAAGUUGAUGCUGGAAAAAGAGUUGCAAGAAGUGAUUUCACUUACCAGCCAGGAGCUUGAAGAGUACAGAGAGAAAGUGCUGGAACUUGAGGAUGAGCUUCAGGAAUCUAGAGGCUUUAGGAGGAAGAUAAAACGUUUAGAAGAAACUAAUAAGAAGUUGGCCCUUGAACUGGAACAUGAACGAGGAAGACUUAAAGGUCUUAGUCAGUCUAACACCGCUUUGCGGGAGCACAACAAUAUCCUAGAAACAGCAUUAGCAAAGAGAGAGGCAGAUUUGGUACAACUGAACCUACAGGUUCAGGCAGUUCUAAAGCGGAAAGAGGAGGAGGAUCAGCAAAUGAAACAACUUAUUCAAGCUUUGCAGGCUUCCUUAGAGAAAGAAAAAUCAAAAGUUAAAGACCUUAAGGAGCAGGUAGCAGCAGCCAAAGCAGAUGCAGCACAUAACCGUCGUCAUUACAGAGCUGCUGUUCUUGAGCUCAACGAAAUCAAGAAAGAGCUACAUGCCAAAGAAGUGCUUGUCCAAGCCCUUCAGGCUGAAGUGGACAAACUGCAGGUAGAGGAUGAGAAACAUUCCCAGGAAGUAGCACAGUUUGAGCAAGAGUUGGCAGAAGCCAGGUCUCAGCUCCAGCUUCUGCAGAAAAAGCUGGAUGAUAAGCUUAGUGAACAGCCAGGAGUAAAUCAAGAGGUGGAAGACCUCAAGUGGGAAGUAGAACAAAAAGAAAGAGAAAUUGAAACGUUUAAGCAACAGCUGGAUAUGAGUGAACAGCGCAGCCAGAAGGAGUUAGAAGGGAUGCAAGUUGUCCUACAGAAUAUCAAGACUGAGUUGGAAAUGGUGAGAGAAGACCUGUCGGUAACUCAGAAGGACAAGUUUAUGCUGCAGGCUAAAGUGAGUGAACUGAAGAAUAGUAUGAAGUCCCUACUGCAGCAGAACCAGCAACUGAAGUUGGACCUGAAGCAUGGCAAGAUGAAGAAGAGGAAGGAACUGAAAGGAGAGAAUAACUCUUCAAAUCCUGUGACUCCAGUCAAGAUUCCUGAUUGUCCAGUCCCUGCUGCCUUGCUGGAAGAACUGUUGAAACCAUCGACAGCUAUGAGCAAGGAGCCUUUAAAAAAUCUGAACAGCUGUCUCCAGCAAUUAAAGCAAGAAAUGGACAGCCUUCAGCGUCAGAUGGAGGAACACACCAUUACAGUACAUGAAUCAAUGUCUUCAUGGACUCAGAUUGAGGGGCAGCUAAUGGACCUUACCUCUACCAGUCCUACAACUGCAUCAGACCAGCAGGAUAUUCCUACGGUAGAUGAAAAGAAGCAGAAUUGUGAUGCUAGUGACGAGGAAGCUUUAAAACAAUAACCUCCUCAGCAGUUGUCUUUCUUCCUAUUGCUUUAAGUGUGUAAACAAAUCUUUAUCAAAAUUAUUUAUUUAUUCCAUUUUUAAAAUAGUGUUCAGAGUUCUGCUUUUGCCUUCAGAAGCAAAGGGCAUGGUUUUGAGAAACUGGCAAAAUAUUUAUCGCAGAAUAUGGUUUUCCAAGGGUUGGUUUGAAGCCUUUUGAUACCUUGAAAUAAUUUUGCCAUGUUGAGGACAAUGGUAAAUCUGACUCAUUUUGGGGUAUUAGUAAGAGGUUCAAAAGAGUGUUUAAAAUGAGGCCAAGAAGAGCAUCUGGUUUCAAGUCGGCAUUUAUUCAAUCUCAGUGAGGAAGCACUAUUAAUUAUGUAACAUCUGGGUCUUUUUUUUUUGUUUGUUUCUUGCUUUUUUUAUCCCCAUAGUUUUUCACUAUCUUGGGCUGUAUCCCAAUAGCAUGAAAAGCAAGUCCUGUUCAUGUUCAGCCAUUAGCGGUUGAGAACUGGAUAUUCUUAUUCAAGCAGCCCCUCUCCUCCCCCUAUGCUCUUUCACUCUUGAAAUUCAAAUCACAGAUGUUUGUAAUAAAAAAUAAAAGAAAAAAGUUUGAUUUGAAGCCAUCUCUAGUUAUGAAGAGGACCUUUGACCUAUAGUAAAAGAAACAGGCUGCAAAGACAAGCAAUGCAGACCAGUAACUAUCGUUGGCAGAUUUGCCCAGGAUGUUUUCUGAAACGUCACAGUUUUUCUCUUGCAGUUGCAGGCCAGUAGGGAGCUUUGCUUCACCGCACAAACACUUUUUGCACCUUUUUAGUUCAUAUUUUGAAGUAGACAUCCUUGACAAAGGUAUGUGUGUAAUAUAUAUUUAUAUAUAUAUAAGAAAAAAAAUCAUUUUCUGACUUUGAAUAUCUGUUUUAAUAUGCUUAUGUACUAUAAGAGAAGGCUGACAUGAGUUUUGUUUUUUUUUUUCCUUGUUACUGUCAUUGUUUUAAUAUCACAUUUAAGUUUGCUCUUUUUUGACAAUACUGUACAUACGGCUUAGGGAAAUUAGCCCCCAAAAGCCAGAGCUUUUAGAAAUGUAAUUAUUUUACUUUCAAAGACAAAAUUAUAUUGCCUUUAAAAUUACUAUUUUUAUUAGCUUUAUCUUCCAUGCCCUCCACAACUCCCCUGCUUUUGGCAUCCUCUGUUACCACAAGGUGUCCACUGUGCAUGGAAAUGUUGGCCCUCUGGCAGCCCUUCUGCAGAGGCGCCUUGACUAGAUUAUUAUUAAAGCAGCCCACCUUAGUGUCUUUCUCCUUUGGUCCCAUUGUUUCAUGUGGCUCACAGUGCAGUGAUAGGCCCAUCCUCUCCUUCCCGUUGUAAAAUCAGUACAGAAGUACUGCUUCACCUACUGUGCUUGAGCAUGAAUCAAAAUACACGUGACAUUAUUUGGAAGAUUCAGUGGCGACUCCUGUGGUGGCACAUUUUUGUCUUUAAAACAUACAGAAAGCAGGUCAAUUAUAUCUACUCUAGAUUGGAUUAAAAAUUCUAGUAAGUACAAGCAGAUUUAAUAGCUGUAAAGAAAAACUUAAAAGGCAACUCUUCCAGUAAUUUUUGUCAUAAUUAGCCAUAAAACAACAUUCAGACAAGUUAUCUUGUCUACUUUCCAGAUGCCUAGUUUAUGUAUUUUUCUAAAGAAGCAGUAACUAUUUGAGGAGGCUGAUUUUUGGAUGAGUUUGGGUAUUUGGGGUAUGGAGGGAAAUGACUGCAAUUUGCUUAGCAAUAAGGCAAAAAAAAACCUUUUAUCCAGAGUUUUAGUUCUUAUAAUUACCCAUGCAAGCUCUUGUCCAGUUGAACACUUUGCAUUUGAAGUGACUACGCUGACUGACUUCAUGCCUCAGCUACAGAAUUGUAACUUAUUUUAUGGGAUUAAAGUCAAGUGAUGCUAAAAGUUAAGAUUUUUAGAGUUGAGGGAAGAAAUGGGUUGGUGUGGUUUUAGCUGCCCAUCAUAUAGAUUUACUGAACAGUUUAUUUAAAAAAAAAAAAAAAAGUCAAAAACUUUAUUGGCUAACCCAGACCUGUUAACAUCUGCAUGUUACUGCAGUCUACUUUGCAGAGUAAAUGGUACUGAUUAUCUUGCUGCUGUCAUUCUUGAAGUUGCCUGUAUAUUAAGCUCUAAGAAGAAAACAAAAAUGUAGUAUUGUUAAAGGACAAAGUUAAAGCUAUGUAAUGAAUAAUAUAUUCAGUGCAAAAAAGUUAUCAGAUGUUCAGGUUUUUAAAUAAAAAUAACACUUGUGCAGGGUUAAUGUUGCUGUUCACUUUGGAAAAUGCUUUGCUUACUGUUAAGAAUCGUUAUAUUUUAAUCUCUUAAGUUUGGCAGCGGUUGUAGAGAUAAAGCUUUUAUCUGGGAUCAAAGAAGCCAGAAUUGUAAGACACAUUCAUAGCUCUUCAAAAUAUCUGUCUCUCUUCUCCCAUUUGUAUCAAUAAUACAUUCUGUUUUCAGUGCAAUGCUACGUUGUUUCACUACUCUUUAUACAGACAUCUGAGCUUAUACAGCCAAAUAGCUUAGAUGCAUAUUUUCCUUUUAAAGGUGAGGGAUUUAUUGUGAAGUUCUCAGAUUAGAUUGCUUUGUUGUCCCACCUAUAUCUCUCUGACAGUACUUGGACACCAGGUAUUUUCAUUUUGUAUUCAUCAUGCAGUUUUUUUAUAGACACCAACACUAUGCCAUUUACUUAACGGAAGAACAGAGGAUAAGGCUUGAGGGUCUAAAUCAGGUGAGGUACUAAGUCAGUUAAGUUACUGGAAAGCCUUCCACGAAGCACUCGGCAUAUGGCAAAAGCAAGGCUUUUUCUGUGAAAUUCAUCAACUAUGUUCCUUAAUUAUCAAGAGAAAUAAAUAGUUGCUGUUUUAUUAGAAGGUUCUGUAUUUCACCUUGUGGCUGAACAUGUUCUCUCUACAAAGCUUCAGGCCUCUUGCUGUCUAGAGAGUAAAACUGCUUACAGGAAUAGAAACUGUGUCCCUUCUGCAUGUCACAGCACUGCCAAAUAUAUCUGAGGAAAAUCCGUGCCUCAUUAACAUUGGUGUGCUUUUAGAAAUUAGAGGAAUAAUCUUAUUUUAUUUUUCCUUUUCCAAGCACUGCAAUGGAAUGUAUUUUCUGUGUCUGUUUCUUCAGCAGUUGCUACCUACUAAACCAAGUCUUGUUGAUGAAGGAGAAAUGUUGCUGUAAUGUGAGAAUGUUUCCUAAGUGAUGAAGGUUGGUAAAGGCUGCAGCAUUAUUUUUUCAAAUACUCUUGCUUUUUUUGAGGACACUUGAGCAACUGCAUUUCUUUUUAAAAAAAAAAAAAAAAAACCACCACAACAACAACCUUACAAUGAAAAGCUAGUUACAGAGCCUCUAAUACUGCUGAAUAUUGCAUUGUUUCAUUCUAUUGUCUUCCAGAUUUCUUAGAAACAGUUGCGCACUGUAUCAGGGGAUCAGCUGAGCCCCUUAUUUGCUCAUGCAAUGGGAGGUCUGAUCCUAUACUGUUCAUUCAGGCAAUAUCCCAGCUGAAAUCUAUGAGAAUUUUGCACAUAUAAGGAGUAGAGUAAUAUUCAGAAAGUAAGUUCUAGUGCUUAUGUUUUAAUGGAUUAUUAUUCCUCCAUAUGUGAGUGAAAUGCAAUGGCGUGGGUGCUUUAGCUAUGACAACGUUCAAGGUGCAUAGCGGACAGAUAAGUAUGCUCAAUAUAAAUUUAACUCAAAGAUGACAAAUUCACUACUGGUGAUGCACAAACCUGUGAUGUAUGUUUUAUUAACUUUGCCAGGCAAGUGUGAAUAGUUGCACGUGACUUGCUGUGACCAGAAGCCUGUAACUAUUUUCAUGGGAAAGCAAUCACAGCCCAAAGUAAUUACUGAUGCUCACUAGCUGUCAUCGGACCACACUGGUCUCCCACUGAUGCGUAUCACUUCAGUCUCGGGGAGCAGAGCAGCCUAAUUUCCAAUACAGAUGCGCAGAUUUCUAGAGGAGGGAAGGAUGUACUGAAUAUUGUAAAAGAAAUAUUGUUAUGUUUUAUACAUGACAUUCGGUAAUUUAAUGUUCGCUUCGGCUGUAUUUGUAAAGAUAAAAGUUAAUUAUUUCAUGUUUUUGAGUGGAUAAUCCAGGGGAUGGAGGAGUUAUACUAUGUACAAUUAAUGAUUAUGAUCAUACACAGCAUGUUGAUUAUAAAAAUAAUGUGCAUAGGAAUUCCUUUGAAAGUUUUGUGCAAUAAACUAUUUUUGUUAAAGGGCUGCAUGUUUGUUUGUUUACUUUGAAAGAGGAAUUGGUACAAUUUUGGGUUUG